CAUUUCAUUUGUCAGAAUUUUAAAAUACAAACGUCAAAUUUAUAGGUUAUAAAAUUAAAAAUAGUAAACAUUAAAUAUUUUAAUUUAUCUAAAAGCGAUGGCUUUAAAUAGACUAUUCGCAAGUUUAGCUAUAGGAGUAACCCCGAGUGUAAUUAGUAGAAAAACUGUACAAGUAACCGCUGUCAGAUAUGCGAGUAUGCCCAAGCCUGUGAAACCCAAACCUGGUUAUGGUAUAAGUUAUAGAAGAAUUGUUCAUUUCCCUGAAGAAUAUACAGUAAAACCGCUAGAAGUUACUAAUCUUGCAGGACGAGAUCCUGUUACAGGGAGAGUUGUAGCAAAAGGCAUUGGUGGAGGGAUCAAACACAAGUACCACUGGAUCUCUUGGGUGAGAGAUGGGCCCACAGAGGGUCCACCACAGGAGGAAAAAGUAAUACAGAUAAUAGAAUGUGGUUGUAGAACGUCUCAUGUAGCUUUAGUGGCUGUGGGCGAUCAACUCAAAUAUAUUCUGGCCACUGAAAAUAUGAAAGCUGGUGAUAUAAUUAAGACUUCCCGUCAUCUGCCUAGAAUACCAGUUAGAGCAAAUGAAGGUGACGCAUAUGUGUUGGGCGCACUGCCGCUUGGCACAAUUGUACACUGUAUCGAAAAAACGCCAGGUGCGGGCGGGUUGUACAUACACGCGGCUGGCACGCAGGGCACCAUACUGCGCAGGCAGAACGAUCGCAUCGUGGUGCAGAUGCCGUCCAAGAGGCUGUUCAGUUUCGACGAACGGUGUAUGGCUGUUGUUGGUCGUCUUUCAAAUGUGGAUCACGGAGACACACCGAUAGGUUCCCCCCAACGCAACCGGUGGUUAGGCAACCGGCCCAGGUCGGGGCUGUGGAAGAGGAAGGACGGCAGACACGGACGCAAAAUCCGACCGCCCAAGCCUGUCAAGGAAAUACAAGCUCGCACCAACUUCCCGCUACCGGCAGUCGUUAUGAAAAUGAACCCAUAGAUGAUAUUAGUAAAUAAAUUAUUCUGUAGAUUUA